ACGAUACCAACCCGUCAAUAUCAGUGCUUCCAUACAUCAGCAAGCUAAGAUUGCACAAUCUUCACUCUAAAUCAUGCAUAUUAUUGUAUCAUGUAGACAAUUACGGAUAAUUGCGUCCCCUUUCCUCGCCUACAAUAAAUGAUGACCUCAAUUCUAAUAUUAGUUACCUAUCAUCCACUGGCUAUGUCUUGCCGUCGCUAUCUCUUCGAAUCCCACCCCCGCAGGUAGAGGCGUUUAUCCAUGCUCUAUAAGUAAUCUAUAAGAGGUAAAUAAUAAUAAAUAUCUUGUCUCACCCGCCACAAUGGUCAUCCCAAGUUGCAAGCCUUUCCUUGUCUUCUUUUUGCCCUCGGGGUUCCGUUGCCGUUGACGUUGACGUUGACGCGUUCCCUUCUUCCUCUCCUUUCGGUCGAUAUUAUUGUCGCAAUGAUAUGUUUUAUAGUUCAAUAUUUCUUCUCCCUCGUCUGUUUACCGGUUGUGCUCAGCUUAACGCCUCCUAUUCCCUAUCCGCCAUCCGAUAAUGUCAGUGAAGAGAUUUUAGCCGCACUCGCUGAUCCCGGGCAGUCUGCCACGGGCAUUGCCUAUUUUGAGCAAUACAUCGAUCACAAUAAUCCAGACUUCGGAGUGUUUAACCAGACCUAUUGGUAUAAUGCUACCUUCUGGAAAGGCCCGGGGUCACCCGUUAUCUUAUUCACCCCUGGCGAGGUCGCUGCUACGGGCUAUGUGUCGUACAUGACUGACCAAGCCCUCACCGGUCUAAUCGCCAAAGAAGUUGGUGGUGCAGUUAUCUUAGUUGAGCAUCGAUACUGGGGCAACAGCACGCCGUACGAAAUCCAAACAACGAAGAACCUUCAGUUCUUGAACUUGGACCAAUCUGUUGCCGACUUCGUUCAUUUUGCCCAAACUGUUAAGCUACCGUUUGACGCGGAUGACACAUCGAACGCAUCCAAUGCCCCUUGGAUCUGGAGUGGCGGUUCUUACUCGGGUGCCUUAGGUGCCUGGAUCGAAAGUCUUGCACCCGGGACUUUUUGGGCGACGCAUUCUAGCAGUGGUCCCGUCGAGGCGAUUUUCGAUUACUGGCAAUAUUUCUACCCUAUCCAACAAGGCAUGCCCAAGAACUGCUCAGAAGACUAUGCCGCCAUUAUUGAUCAUGUUGACAAGGUCUUUACCAACGGAUCUCAAAAAGAUACGGCCGGUUUAAAGCAACUAUUCGGGCUUCAAGAUCUCGUACAUCUAGAUGAUGUAGCUGCGGCGAUAUCAUCUCCAAUCUGGGCCUGGCAGAGCAUUCAAUUCACCUCUGGUUAUUCCCAAUUCUACCAGAUGUGUGAUGCCAUUGAGGGUUUUUUCCCAAACUCAACCGCUCCACUUAACAGUAGUAGUCCUCGUGGAGUCGGCCUCGAAAUUGCUUUACCUAACUUUGCUGAGUGGUUCAAAGCUCAUUACCUGCCAGGGUAUUGUACCUCCUACGGUUAUGAUGAGUGGAAGGGUGACUAUAACACCGCGUGCUUCGACACAUACAAUUCCUCUAGCCCAAUGUUCACGGACCAAACUGGAGCGAAUGGGUUCGGUCGUACUUGGGUAUGGAUGACUUGUAACGACCCCUUCUUCUACUACCAAACUGGUGCACCGGUAAACCGCUCUACUGUAUUCUCACGUCUCGCCAACGCAGACUACUGGCAGCGUCAGUGCGAGUUAUUUUUUCCCGAGGAGGGUAAGUUCACCUAUGGGAGCGCCUUGGGUAAGACAGCGUCAGACAUCAAUGCCCAUACCAAGGGCUGGCAGCUACCUGAAUACUUGGACGCCGAGUCCCGGCUCCUCUGGGUGAACGGCGAGUUUGAUCCAUGGAGAUCAGCUUCCGUCGCUAGUGAGUUUAGGCCUAGAGGCCCCUUAGCUUCCACGCCAAAUGUUCCCAGUAUUCUAAUCCCCAGUUCGCGUCACUGUAACGACCUCCUUGUUCAAAAUGCGGUAAAUCCAGAUAUUAAGAAGACCCAAGCAGAUGUUGUGUCUCAAAUUGCAAAGUGGACUAAUGACUUUUACAUGACAAAGAGAGAGCACACUAUUAUUACAUCAUAAUUUGGUUGGCGUGGUGUUCUAUUUUUGCUCCCAAAUAAUAGUAAUGAAAGGGUUAUAACUAGAAGGUUAAGAUUGAGUAACUACUAUACAUUUUGCUUGAGUAAAUGGUAUACGUAUGACAAGUAUCGCCUUUUAAGCAUCCAAUAUCAACUCUUGAAUAAUAUCUUCAAUAUUGUCGUCGCUUUCAUCCCUGUCGUUCAUGUUUUGCGAUAUGUACCACUCCUCAUCUCGCUCCUUGAUCACGUUCGUAAC